AUGUCUGCUGCUGCUGAUUCCAGUGUGCUGAGGGCAGCACGGAACAAGUGCUACCAGGCCAGGGACAAGUUCUACUCGUGCUUGGAAGGUAGCGGUGCGGAAUUCCGGCCGGGCAAGGAGGCCCCUCUGGCGUGCAAAUCUGUCCGAAAGGAGUACGAGGCCUCUUGCAAAGCCUCCUGGGUGAAGCACUUUGACACUUUGCACGACAAGCGGCUGCAGCUGGCCCGGACACUGCAGACCAACAUCAGCCGUUCGUCGGCCUCAAGCAAGGGCAGCCUCGCAGGCGCCCCUCAGAGGUGA